AAGGUUAUUAACAAUGUCGUCACAUUUGAAGCUGAAACUCCCUGUUUCAUAUCGUGCAGCAGCAACCAUUUUACCAACCAUAUCUCAUGAAACCAUCAACCACCACAAUCAACAACCCAAACCAAAGCACCCACAACACUUUCUCUCCCUUCUCCUCAACAACUCUUCUAACAACCAAUCUCUCCAACAACUCCACUCUCAAAUCAUCACUUCUUCACUCUUCCACCAUUACCCUUUCCACAACAACCCAACUUCAUUGCUCCUCUUCAACAACCUCAUACGUUCUUAUUCUCUCUCCCCUUUCCCUCAUCAAGCCCUUCAAUUCUUUAGCUACACUCUCAACUCCCUAACAUGCCCUCUUUCACUUGAUUCCUUCACUUUGACUUUUGUUUCUCACACUUGUGCAAAUUUAAAUUCAACCCAUUUUGGUUUUCAUCUUCAUUGUGUUGUUUUUAAACUGGGUUUUCAUUCUCAUGUCUUUGUUCAAACUGGGUUGCUUCAUAUGUACUCAAGUUGGGGUCUUUUGGUUUCAGCAGCACAGGUGUUUGGUGAAAUGCCAGAAAGAAAUGUUGUUAGUUGGAAUGUUUUUAUUAGUGGUUUGAUUAAAUGGGGUCAGCUUGAAUUUGCUCGGUCGGUGUUUGAUAAAAUGGUGGUUAGGAGUGUGGUGUCUUGGACACUUGUUAUUGAUGGGUAUACGAGAAUGAAUAAGCCUUUGAAAGCUUUGGCUUUGUUUAGAAAAAUGAUUGAAGUUGAUGGUAUUGAGCCUAAUGAGAUUACCCUUUUGACUAUUUUUCCUGCUAUUGCUAAUCUUGGGUAUAUCAAGAUGUGUGAGUCCGUUCAUGGGUAUGUAGAGAAGAAAGGGUUUAAUGCGGUUGAUAUACGGAUUGUGAAUGCGUUGAUUGAUUUGUAUGCUAAGUGUGGAUGUAUAGAGAGUGCGAGUAGAUUCUUUUGGGAGAUGCCUGACUGGAGGAAGAAUUUGGUGUCAUGGAAUUCGGUUAUAUCUGGUUAUGCUAUAUUUGGGAUGGUGACGGAGGCUGUGGAGACUUUUGAGAAAAUGGAAAAGGCUGGUGUGUGUCCAAAUCACGUGGCGUUCCUCAGUGUUUUGAGUGCCUGUAGUCACGGUGGAUUGGUUGAGCAUGGGCUUGAGUUUUUCGGUAAAAUGGUGAAUGAUUAUGGACUUGUACCGGAUGUCAAGCACUAUGGUUGUGUGAUAGAUAUGCUUGGCAGAGCAGGAAGGUUAGAAGAAGCUGAGAAGGUUGCUCUACAGGUUCCGCGUGAGGUCGCAAAUGAAGUUAUUUGGAGGACGCUACUUGGUGCUUGUAGCGUUCAUGAUAAUGUUGAAAUUGGCCAGAGGGUGACCAAGAAGAUACUGGAGAUGGAGAAGGGACAUGGUGGUGAUUAUGUUCUAAUGUCCAAUAUUUUUGCUGGUGUUGGGAGAUUCAAGGAUGUUGAGAGGUUAAGGGAAAUGAUAGAUAAAAGAGUUAUCUUUAAACUUCCAGGCUACAGUUUAGUCUAAAUGUUAUGUGACAUAAUAUAACCAUAUAGGUGAUAACAUUUUAAACAGAUAGAUCAUUGUUCUGUCUCUCUUGCUCGGAAAGAGGUGGUAUUGUAAUAUACAAAGGAGGAGUACCUUCUGAGGGUCACUCACCAUUAGGCCAAAGGUCUAUUGGUAGGUCAUUGCUCUUUGCUUCAGAUCGUCUCUGAACUAGCUCAAGUCAUCAAAUUGAAGUAAUAUUUACUUGUCAAUAACUACUUUGUCCUCCUGUGUGUGUCCUUAUGCAUAUAAGAAUGAUUAAAUACCAUUUGAAUUGAUGUAAAUUAUGUUUUGAUCCAAAGCAUCAGGUUUGAUGAAAGAAAAAUUAUAAUAUUUUGUAGACAAGUUCCAUACAUCAAAUCAUCUUUAGUGUUGUUCUUAUGCAACUUUUUGGACAAACUGGAUUUCUGGUAUAUUUGAGUAAAGAGCUUAACCAAGUGACUAAUGUGCAAAAGCUUUGUAAGUUGUUCCAGUAAACUAUGCAUAACCUUUGUUUAACUGUUUCUAUAAGCUAUUCUUAGGAGGUUAUGUAAAUAAGCUGAAAAUUAUAGCUUCUAUGCACAUCAUAGGCUAUUUGGGUUGAGUGUUUUGUCAAAGAAAAAAGAAGCGCCAUCACAGGAUCUUAUCUCACAAGUUAAAAUGGAAUUUUCCAGACUCUUAAUAUAUGUCUAUUUUAUGUUCUGAAUUUACACUUUGGGAAAGAUGAGACCAUCAUAAUAUUCUGUUCAUGACUCAUGAGUACCUGUACCAUAAAAACUUUAUCUGAUUCCAAGUAAUAAAAAGAUCAGCAAAGUGGCAGUAGGGGUUUCCAGUUUCUAAAAUAUAUUUUGUUAGAGAUCACAAGAAAUAGUAUCAUAGGGUUAGUUUUGUUAUCAGUUUUGCAAAAAUGUACAUUAGUUUGGUUAUGGGUAGUUUAACUACUAUAAUUGUUUGUGCAUUGUCUGUUAUAAAAGUCAAUUUUGCUGGAGAUGGAGACAUAUAUGUUUUGAUCUACUUUUGAACAUAUUCUUUUAUCUGGCGUACAGUCUUAUUUUCUGACCCAAUCCCUUUUAGCUGUUAUUAUGCUUUGAAACAAUGUACGUAAUAUUUUAAUCAUGUUCCAAAUAACAGAGAAUUUGUCUGUAGUCUUAUUCUUUACAUCACUUCAAAUGCAAGUACAACUUCCAUUUUUACUCUUAAUCUCGGCCACUAUUGGCUGUCCGAUAUCCAACUUUGAUCCUCUCACUUUCUUUUUCUAAUUAUUCAUUUGUAGUAAUCACUUCUACUAUUUCACUUGUGCUGUAUACAUUUUAAAUUUUUGGGUUCUUAUGUAUUGUAUGAGUUGGUAUUUGCAUGAUAUUAUUGCACAGCAUACUUUUUCUCUUUUUAUAUAUUUUAAUCGGUGCCAAGUUUAUGAUAUUAUUGAAGAUUCACAGUGCAAUCUUUCUCAAUUCUCAUGAUUAUGUUUGAUUUGAAUGUUUAUGUUGCAAUUGAGGUGAAUUCUUAACAUUAAUGAUACUAUCACAGACAUCUUACCUUGCUCCUUUUCAGUUUUCACUUUUCAGUGUUCAGAAUCUCAACUCCCAUUUACCAUGACCAAGCACCAAGCUUAAUUGGUCUCUACUCUAUAUGAAAACAAUGGAGGGUACCCUGCUGAAAAACAAUGGACUUUUGAUUAUGACUGAGAAUUUGAGAGGUGGUAUUGGAGGCUCUCCAUUAGCUCUGUCAUAACACUAGACUGCAAACAUUUUAGUAGUAUUGUGUUAUUUAAGGCUGUAAACUGAGAGUUUGGGGGUUGUGUUCUAUUUUUCUGGUUUUCAAGUUAAUGUAAAAUCUUUGCGGAAGGUUUUGGUGAGUCCAAGACUCUCAACACUUGUAACAGAAAAGUACUAUUCACAGAAGAAUGCAAAUCUUUGAAUAAAUAAUUUCUGGAAUCCU